AUCUUUCAUGACACCGUCCCAGACACCAGUAAUGCUGCGAUGGAAUGCGUGACGUGUCAGAACAACUUGGCCGCAGCUGGCGGCCUAUGCUUUUAUGUAAAGAGCGAACGUGAAGUUCAUUUGAUCUUUAAGCCAGAAUGUCGUAUGUUGCUGAAGAGGACCAUGGAGAUUCAAGACCCAGGAAAGAAGAAGGCCAAAAUCACAUGUGGCGGUUGUGGAUCCAAUGUCGGCUCCGAUCUGCCCUUUGGGCCUAAUGGCACAUCAUUUGCAGCUUUUGCAACAGACUCUGUCGUCGUACUUGGAACUCCGCUGGGGCGCAAGCAGAAGUGGGCUGAGGAAUCCAAGAAAAGCCAAUUCUCAGACAUUGCGCGUCGAAAUGACUACGAUUUUUUUGGCGACGCUCAGGUUGACUCAACUCCGACCAAGAGAGCGCGAGCGCAGCAGGCUGCUCCGAUUUCAUUUGCGACCCAGGUGCAACAUUUUGCUUGGGACGUCACAGAGACUUCCCCCAAGUCCUACCAAAUUGAAGCCUACGUCGAAGCGUUGGCACGAGACCUGCUUGUCGUCAUGCCAACUGGAUGUGGCAAGACUUUGGUAGCUGCAAUGGUCCUCGCUCGGAUGGCUCGACUGAACCGCAACCACAUGGGCCUUUUUGUUGUUGACCGUAUUCCUUUGGUGUUUCAACAAGCGUCAGCAAUUGCAGCAGAGACCGGGCUUCGGACUUGUCAACUUUGUGGCGAGAACAAGACCAAAGGCAUGUUGCACAAGCUGCGAGACGGAGGCUUCGACGUCUUGGUUGUGACAGGUGGGGCUCUUGUUGAGAUAUUGCGGAAUGAAGAGCUUUCGCUACAACAAUUUUCAGUGGUGGUUGUGGACGAAGCGCACCACGCCACUGGUGAACAUGUCUAUUCAAAAGUUCUAUCAGCAGUGCGCAACUUACCUGGUACACCCGACCAGCCUCGACCUCGCUUGCUUGGUCUUACUGCAUCACCCGUCACAGCUACCACUGCAAACAUGGCUUUUAGCAGGCUGCAGGGCCUGCGGGCAGCAUCCGGUGGUGCAGUUGUUUUUAAACCUGCCACGGCUUUGCCAAAUCAGCAGAGCACACAAUGGCUGGUUGUUGAUUCCACUCCUGAGCAGCGGCAAGCAGUGCAGUGCCUAGUGGCAUGCGUGCAACAAGGGACUUCCAUGCACCGCGAGCUAGAAGUAGACGUCGAUGCGGAGACGCUGAUGCAAGAUCCAGGCGCUUUGGGGCGUCUUCGAGGUCUCCUCCGAUCUGCUGAGGAUGCGCUGAGGUUGAAAAGGAGUGGGUCUUCGAAGGCGCUCGACGACAUUCGCUGCAUGCAGCAAGUUGUGGUGGCCAUCGAAGUGUGUUUGACUUUAGGCCCUUGUGAUGGAAAGGAGUUCCUGACGCAGCAGUUGGUUGCCUGUCCUGACUGGUUUUCAAAAGCUCUUCGGUCCUUUCCUCAAAGCAGCAGAUCGCCGCAGCUGGAGCAACUCCUUGCGCGGGUCAAGGCCAUGCCUUCUGAGAGUCGCAUCAUCGUGUUUGUGGACACGCGCGUUGCGGCCCAUCGUCUAUGCAAGGCCCUGGCUUCAGAUUUGGAAGUUGCGGAUAGGUUCAAGCCAGAGGUUGUUUUUGGGCACGGUGGCUUCGACGGCAUGGAUUGGCAUGGAGGCCAGGAUGUUGCCCUAGCAGCAUUUGCAGAUGGGGAUGUCCGGCUCUUGGUAUCAACGUCUGUCCUGGAAGAAGGGCUAGAUGUUGCAGCUUGUGACCUGGUAGUUCGCUUCCAAGGGGUUGGCUCCUUGAUUUCACUUGUGCAAAGCAGAGGCCGCGCGCGGAAGGCAAAUAGUCGCCUCAUCGUGAUGCUUCCGAGUGAAAUGAGGAGACGCGUUCUGGAGAUGGAAGAGCGGGAGCGGCUCAUGGACUCGGUCCUGCAGCAAGCAACAAUGCAGGACCGAGUGCCUUCACAGGUCAGCAUGGACCGCAUCCAGCAGCUCAAAGGACAAAGCGCAUCUCCGGGGCAAAGCUCUUCGAACUGUGCCAGAUGGGAGACUUGGGAGACUUGCGAACGUACUUUGGUCAAGAUGCUUUGCUUCGGAGCCACAGACGUCAACGACUUGAUCAGCAGUCUGGAAGGUGCUGCUUUGGGUCUGCAGGUGCAACGAGGAGAGGUCCUGAAAGAUAGCGCAGCAGCCAUUGGCACGCCCGGCAUUGCUGGCACUGAUGACGUGGUAGUUUUGUUGAGCUGCAAGAACGUGUGGCACAGCCAAAAGUGCAGCAGCAGGACAUUGUAUCAAAACAUUUGUCAUGGCUGGGAUUUCAGUUUGCCCGCAGGCACGAACGGUGUUUGGAUGCAGAAAGUGGAGGCAGCUCCAUCAAGGCAUUCUGUGAACUUGCGUCGUGGGACAGGUCAAGUCAGGCUUGGUAGAUUUCUGGAUCGAAAGACGUUUGCGGAACAGUUUUUGAUUGCAGAGCAUGCCGAGGUGGACUUUGCUCACCGUGGGUCAGUUGAAAUCUUUUGCGACUGGCGCGUGCAAAACAUCACAGAGACUCUGUCCAUCUGCGUUGACGCGCGAAGUCUUGCCGGCUUCGGCCUGGUAUCCUGGGGCAAGGCUGAAGGCGUGGCCACUCUGUAUCUUCCUAUGACAUCUGUGCCAAGAGUGAGCGUGGGGGAGGAGAGGCCGCAGCGUUUGUCCGGAUUCGAUCAUCCGCUUCUCGCGGCCUUCUCACAAAACUUUGUCAUUGCCAUUGCAUUUCCACUGGAUGGAGCUGCGGAAACGCAGGAUUUGCGUCGCCUCCUGCAUGAGCCACAAGCGCUGCCAGUCCAAACCUUUGAUACUCACAUAGUGGAUGUGAAAAUCGAGCACAGAUUUGACCUUGCGAAGCCACUACCCUGCUUGAACGCUGAGCAGCCGCUGGCAAGGGAGUGCCACUGGUCGCUGGGCGUGCUGAGCACUUGCGCGGCACUGUCUCCAGACUCCCAGAAGGCCAUUGUCGAGCGAUGCUGUGAGGCCGUUGAUGACCGCCUGGGAAGCUUGAACCCCAUGCUUGGCUGGGACCAGCAAGUCGUAGCUGCGACUUCAGCCGUCUAUGCGGUUGUCCGUGCCUGCGAGUCAUCAUAUUGGGCGGACUGCAAGCUCAUCUUCCAAUCCGCUCUGGAAGCGUGGAAGGGCAUGACACAAGAAGAGUUCGAGAAGUUGCAUCAGCCAGCGCCUGAGAAUCACGUCAUGCUAAAACGAGCCCUUGUGACUCCUUCACGAUUAAGACUGCUACCUCCUGCGCCUGUUCGAUCUUCGCGUCUACUGCGUCGAUUCCCCGAUGCAAGCUUCCUUGCCGUGCACUUCGUGGAGGAACAGAUGCAGAAGCUGCAAGGCACAGACACGUUGCCCCACAUAAAGCAGGUGAUGGCUAGAGGUAUUGUCAUCGGUGGGAAGACUUUCCGCUACCUUGGCUGCUCUGCUUCACAGCUGCGACAGCAGUCUGCCAUGUUUGUAGAAGCCGAAUCCAUUGAAGAGGUGAGGCGCCUGCGAAAUGCAAUAGUCGCAAAUGGAGAAUCCUUCACAUCCAUCGCAAAAUAUUCUUCACGGCUGGGACUCUACUUCACUGCGGACACACCAACAUUGAUGAUCCGUCCUGACGAGGUAAGCCUGGGGAAUGACAUUGCGGCAAGCAAUGGUUCCUCUUUCACCGAUGGUGCUGGAAAGAUGCCAUAUAAAGUGGGAAAGGAGGUGGCUGUGUCACUUGGAUUGCAGUCGGUGCCAUGUGCCUUUCAGUUCAGGUGGGCAGGCUUGAAAGGCGUUGCGCUUGUGGUCCCUGACGACGAUCAUGAGCUGCUGUCAACUGACUGUAGAACCAGAUUGCUGUGUCGACCUUCCAUGCGGAAAUUUGAGUGCAAGGAUCAUGCCUUCUGCGUAGUGAGCAUUGCUGAGCACCAUCCUGUGCACCUGAACCGCGAGAUCAUCACCUUGCUGAUGAGCUUGCAAGCGCAAUCCUUUGGUCAGUGGGAUGUGUGUGCUGGACUUGUUCGCAGGCAGGAAGAGGCGCUUCAACAUGCUGCGGAGUGUUUUACAAGUCAGGAACAAGCAGCGCAAGAGCUCGACUCCAGGCUAGUCUCAGAGUUGAAGCAGAUGGUGCCAACUGCUGCCCGCGAGACAGGCUUGAUCGAUGAACCUUUUUGGGCCUCCCUCCUUGCAAAGUCUUACCGGAUCCAGGUCCGGGAUCUCGCCACGAAGGCGAGGAUUCCGAUCCCGCGGAGCGAGGGAUGCUUGCUCCUGGGUGUUCCAGAUCCCGUCGGGGUGCUGAAGGAGGGCGAGGUUUUCGUGCAGUGUGCCUAUGAAGAAGGGGGUGCAUCAACUGAUUUUGUGGUGGAAGCAAAGGUCCUGGUAUACCGAAAUCCAUGCCUGCACCCUGGGGACAUUCAGCAUUUGCGUGCUGUGGACAAGGAGGAGCUGCGGUUCCUGAGCAAUGUUCUUGUCCUUCCUGUCACCGGGAAACGAUCAGUUGCCGCAUGUUGCAGUGGAGGUGACCUUGACGGAGACAAGUUUUCGGUGAUUUGGGCUCCAGAUUUGGUGCCGCCGCUUGAACUCAUGCAACCUGCUCUUGACUAUGAUGCCUUGCUGCGUGAAGCUGGUGGGCCUAUGGAGGUGCGACCGGCCACUUUCAGUGAAGAGGGCCUAGCAGAUUUUUUCUGUGACGUGGUCUCCAACGACACACUUGGCAAAAUUGCGCAUUUGCACCUGGCAUAUUGUGACAACUCACCGCAAGGAGCGCUUGAUCCGCUGGCAAUUGAGUUGGCCAAGGGGCAGUCCUUGGCAGUAGAUUUCCCAAAGACGGGCAUUCCCCCACAGGUGCCUGAGGACACGAUCCUGGAGGUGAAGAAGCAGGGCUAUCCCGACUUCAUGCAAAAGCUUGAGAAAGACACGUACACUUCAGAGAAAGUUCUUGGAAUUCUGUUCCGCCGUUGCACGUCCUUGGAUGCCGACUUCCAAGCCUUGACCUCCGUUGACAUUGAUCACACGCUACUUCUGCCAGGUCGUGCGUCGUGGGCCAAGUCGGCAGUCAGGGCUCUGGCCAACUUUCGAAGAGAUCUUGACCAGCUCCUGAUUUCACAUGGCCUGCGCGAUGAAGCAGAAGCCUGCCUGGCUACGGCUCUGCGAUGGCCAACGACUGCGGAUCGAGGCAAGGCCUCGUUGCAGAUCAAAGCACACUUGGAGCACCUCCUGCGCAAACACAGAUCCGUCUUUUUCAUGGACUUGCCGGAGUCUCAGCACAAGCAGAAAGCAUCAGCGUGGUACGAGGCAGCUUAUGCGUUAGAGUCGCAGAAGGGCGCAUCGUCAUGCCGGACAUUCGCCUGGAUCGUGGGUGACAUUCUUUGCGACAUUAAGGCUGGUUGCGCCAAGGACGAGCCAUCCUCUGCUGGGGUGAACAGAACCGUUGGCCAAACUGCACGAGAGGCCUUGUUGGAGAAGCUCUCUUCGCUGCAUGAAAUAACUGCAUUGAGGAUGUCAGUGUCUGAUGCUAUCCAACAUGCACUUGAUGCGUUUUGCAGCAAGAAGGUUGGUAAAGAGCUUUCGCCCAGCGUCUUCUCGGUGCAUGUGUUCGGCUCCACGGCCCUUGGCUUUUGCGAAGCACAGUCAGAUCUUGAUCUUUGCGUUAUUGCGGAGGCUGCUGCGCAUCAGCCUCCUUUUGUGCCCGAAGCGCUGCUCGCCACCUUCGCAGGUUUGGAUGAGACCAGUCAAGCGCGCCACUUCUUACAGACCGUCAUAUCCCCUGCUGUGGAUGACCUGGCUAUGCGCAAGGAAGAGGUCAUGACAUCUCAAGUGCCUUUGGUGCGGCUGGUUGUGGCCAGCUCCCUCGAUGCGGAGGAGGUACGCGUGGACAUCACAUUCAACCCUGAUGGUCUCAGCAAAGCACGAUAUUUUCAAGGCCUGCAGGCAGAUUUUGUCCGCUUCGGCAUGGGCAUUCUGCUUUCCAGUUGGGCUAGGAGCAGUGGCUUGGUGCGGUCACAUUCACAAGAGCAAGCAGAUGGAUAUCAAACUGCUGCGCCGCUGAUCCCUGUGCAGUGGCAAGCGGUGGUACUCCAUGUGUCCAAACACCUUGGCCGGUGUUCUCCAGAGGCACCAUCAGCGAAGCCGGGCCCCGCGUUGAGGAGCUUGCAAGACCGCCUUUCGCAGAUGACUGGGACUGACUCGGCCUCCUUUGGAGUUCAAAUCUUCAACUUCCUACGUGCUUUGACAGACCUGCAGGGAGAGAUAGCCUUCACAUGGCCGAUUGCAGGUUCACCGCAGCACCACAUUUCAGGAGAAGUUGUCAGCAUGAUCAGGGAUCGGGCCAAUCGCACCUUGGAGGUCUUGGCGACUACCCGCAGCUUUGCUACAGCCUGUGUUGCAGCAUCGGCACGCAACAAGACCGCAAUCACACGCCAGCUUUCUCGCGCUCUGUCUUUCAAGCUCCAGGGUCAUUUUGAUUUUCACGAAGCUUAUCUCAAAGCUGCGUCUGCAGCACUCGUGAAGCUUGAGGAAAUCAAUGGCUCCGACCGCGUGUUGAUGCAUGCGUCGGGCUCUGCUGCUCAAAUUGUACAACUGCAGCGUGAGUUGCAGCGGUAUGUCUCAGCAGCACGUGCAAUCGGUAUGCCGGCAACGAAGGCCUCUCGAUACUUCAUGGAGGGUUCAACCCGGCUAUUCUUCCAGGGGGCAUCUUGCCCAUCGGCCAGAGUGAGGUUCCAAACUUGGCUGGGCUCCCACUUGCCCAGCCACGCAGCAUGUGAGCGCAUGCUACCUGUCCUGAACACUCGGGAGCCAACAUGCUAUGCAUGGGAGGCAGUCGCUGAAGCUCGCUUUUUGGACCUUUGGUCAACACAAAUGGCAAAGCUUCCGACCGAGAGCCGCGGUCACAUGGAGUCGUUGAGUGUGCGGGUUCGCUUUGGCACCUGUUAUUUGACUGAUGUGCUUGACAAGCUUCCUGAGACAGCAUUGACCUUGUCAAUCAGCGAGUUGGAGGAAGCUUUGGUGAAGCACCGUCGCAACAGGAAGACAUGCGUGCGAGGACCGCCUGACACCCUCCCUCCCAAAUCUGAGCCUAACAACAAGCAGAUGAAAAUGAUAGUCAUUCCCCCGUCCACAGGUUCUUUAUUAGCCGGGCAAAAAUCACGAAAGCAGCGCAAGAAGAGACAGGUAGGCGUUGGUGCAUCCUUCAGCCCGGGCCUUCUGCCAGGGAAUGCAUCUAGCCACCUUCAGCAGCGUUGCCUUGAGCUCUAUAUGGAAGCACUGCAGAAAGCCGGUUUCGAAGCUGUAUCAGCCGACAAUGUGGAAGCCGGUUGGUCACUGUCUAUAGCGGCAUCGCAAGCUUACGAAUUGAAUGUGAAGCUUGCUUCUGACCUCCGCCCAACGCGUGUUUGUGAGCGUGGACUUUGCUGGCUGCACGCCACAAUAUUUGGCAGUGGUGAUCGACUGAAGGCUGACGAGCAAGAUUUGGUUGCUUCGCAUGACGUCCGCGUCAAGAUAGAGACUGCGGACUCACUGCCAGCGGACAGCCAACUUCUUGAGAAGAUUGCAGGUGGUAAUGUGGCACUACUCGAUGUCCAGAACCAAACUCCAGCUCCAGCCAAAAAGGCAUCUCGUUGGCUGCAAGACCAUAUUAUGUUUGCUCGCCGAGUGGAUGAACGGCAUGAUUUUUGUCGAUCAGAUUCAACGUGUAGUUUCCCCUUUCAUGCUGAGGUUGCCGUUGGCUCGGAAUUUAUGGGGAGAGAGCUGAAGCUACGCCGUGACUUCUGCGAGUUGAGCAUUCGAGCUGAUGACGCAGCGCAGUCUGCUUUGCGGCAGGGAGCAGCAAAGACAAGAGCUUUUGGAGAAGAGGUGUGGAAGGUAGCACGCCUCGUGUCCGCUGCCUUGGAAAGUUUGCAAGAGUCCUGAGGUCUUUGUGAUCUGGAGAGAUGUGCGAUGUGCGUGUGUG